CCCUCUGCUUGAUCCUUUUUGUCUGUAAAUUUUAUGAUUUCCUUUCUGGGUUUGUUGUGGAAAUCAUUAAUUGUUCUUGAAAUAGCUUUUUGGGUUCUGUGAUUGCCGGAUGUUGAUGAUCUUUUGAUAUGAAAAUAGCUGAAAUCAAUGUGAAGGAAGAUUGGUUCUCUAUCGACUGCUCGUUAGAAGUUGUCAAGUUUAUUUAGACCUUGAUGGAUCAGCAAGGGCAUGGCCAGCCUCAAUCCAUGGGAGCGGUUGGCAGUGGUGGUCAGAUAGCAUAUGGCAGUAACUUGUACCAUCCCGGCCAAAUAACUGUAGGCUCGACUUCUGGAUCUGUUGUUACAUCGGUUGGAGGUAUUCAGUCUACGAGUCAACCUGGUGGAGCGCAGCUUGGUCAACAUCAACUUGCUUAUCAGCAUAUCCACCAGCAGCAGCAACAACAGCUUCAACAACAGCUCCAGACUUUCUGGGCUAAUCAGUACCAAGAGAUUGAGAAGGUAACGGACUUCAAGAACCAUAGUCUUCCCUUAGCAAGGAUCAAGAAGAUCAUGAAGGCUGACGAGGACGUACGAAUGAUAUCAGCUGAGGCACCUGUUUUAUUCGCUAGGGCAUGUGAAAUGUUCAUCCUUGAAUUGACUUUACGCUCUUGGAAUCAUACUGAAGAGAACAAGCGCAGAACGCUUCAAAAGAAUGAUAUUGCUGCAGCUAUCACCAGAACUGACAUUUUCGAUUUUCUGGUUGAUAUCGUGCCUAGGGAGGAUCUGAAAGACGAAGUACUCACAUCAAUUCCAAGAGGAUCGAUAACAGUUGGAGGACCUGGAGAUGCACUUCCUUACUGCUAUAUGCCGUCUCAGCAUGCACCUCAGGUCGGAGCACCCGGAAUGAUUAUGGGCAAGCCUGUGAUGGACCCGGCUAUAUAUGCUCAACAAUCACACCCUUACAUGCCUCCACAAAUGUGGCAACACACACAAGAUCAAGCCCCUCCUGAUCAAUAGUAGCUUGCCACACAUAAACGAAGGAGAACCACGGAGUCUCCUCCGAGCAAGCUCAUGUCGAUGCCAAACCACACACACACACACACAACAGUCCGAUCGGAGAAUUUACACCGAAGAUUUGAUCUGAAGCCCUUCAUAAUACUUCCUGUAGAUAUUUUGCUUGACAAGAGUAGAUAUCUUGAUUGAGCUAUAAAAAGUUACUCCUCUUUCUCUAUUUAUGCUUUACUAUUCUCUGCAUUGUUGGUAAUGACAGUAAAAAAAUGUGUAACUUUAUAUCAUACCUGAAAAUAUUUGAUGCUUUUCUUCACAUUCCCAUAUAAAGAAACUGUAGUUUCCUUAUUC